ACAGAAACUGAACUUCGCACAGAGAGAGAGAGAGAGAGAAGCACACUCACAACAGACUAAGAGCUCUCCAGAGGGUGAAAUCUGGUUACAUCCGCAAGCAGAAUGGAAGCUGGAUGUUACAUUACUAUAUUAAUACUGGUUUUACUUCAAGGAACCUUGGCUGUGAAAUACCAACAUGAACAGCUCGCGGUCUUCUUCGCUCAGGAGAGCAGCCCCGACAAACAGUUUGAUGUGGAGGUGGACGGAGAUGAACUUUUCUACAUGGAUUUCAACCUGAAGAAGGAGGUGGCCCGGAUCCCCGAGUUUGACCCUCACUACAUACAGGGAGGAGAGGCGAGGAUCUCAGCUCAAAUAGCCAUCGUGAAACACAAUUUAAAUGUUUGGAAGAACCUGUCCCGCGGCUCCCCGGAACCGAAAUUUGCUCCUCAGAUUGCCAUGUAUCCUGAAGAGCCUGUCGAUUGGGGACAGCCCAACACAUUGAUCUGUCUGGCUGAUAGAUUCUACCCUCCACACAUCACCAUGACAUGGAAGAGGAACAGUGAGCCAGUGACUGACAGAGUCAACAUUACGGAAUUCUAUAUAAAACAGGAUUAUUCCUAUCAGAGAUUCACAUACCUGAGCUUCAUCCCGAAUCCUGGAGACAUGUAUUCCUGUCACGUGGAACAUGAGGGGCUGCAGGAACCAGCCACUGUUUUUUGGGAACCUGAAGUACCUGAGGAACAGUCUGGUCCUGGGACAGUGAUCUGUGUUCUGGGAAUUAUCCUGGGAAUUAUCAGUGCUGUUGUGGGAGUCAUCUUACUGAUUAAAGAGAGACAGAGGCUGCAGGCUCAGCAACAUGGCAUCUAGGGGUCGAAGGCAGGAAAUACUCCACCACACCAUGUCUCCUCAUCGCUUCAAUGUGUCCUCUUGAUGCACCACGUUGUCUCAUCCCAUUAUAUAUUCUUAUUGUUGCAACAUGUUCUAUCAUAACUUGGUGUGAACCAGCAGUGAACUACAACUUCUUAAUUUGAUACAAUUGUGUUUUUAGAAUUCAUGAUCAUUUUAAUUUUGGGGAAAAACAAAUUUGUUAGAAAUGAAAUGUCUCCUGUUCUUGUGUGAUAUGAGCACUGUCAGUUCAUUACGUUGCAUGUGCUGUCACAGAUUUUAUUAAAAUUAUACAGAUCUCCAGACUAA